AUGGAGCGGCAAGGAGCACCCAUGGAGCGGCAAGGAGGAACUGCGGAGCUGCAAGAAGCACCUAUGGAGUGGCACGGAGCACCCGUGGAGCUGCAGCCGCGGCGGCGCCAGCACCCUGACCUGGGAGCACCCGUGGAGCCCCCGGGGAGCGGCGCCCGCCGCCCCGAGCUGCCGGCGGGCACGGAGCUGCGGCGCCUGCGCUUCCGGCAGUUCCGCUACCAGGAGGCGGCGGGGCCGCGCGCCGCGUGCCGGCGCCUGCGCGAGCUGUCGCGCCGCUGGCUGCAGCCCGAGGCGCGCACCAAGGAGCAGAUCGUGGAGCUGCUCGUGCUCGAGCAGUUCCUCAGCAUCCUCCCCGAGGACAUCCAGAGCUGGGUGUGGGUGCGGCACCCGGCGUCGUGCGCCCAGGCCGUGGCCCUGGCCGAGAGCUUCGAGCCGGGGCGGCGAGAGGCCGGCGGCGCCUGGGAGCAGCAGGUCACUGUGCGCGUGAAGGUGGAGGAGGUGGCCCCAGAGGAUACGGAGAGCCCCGAAAACCCGUGGGGGCCCCAGAGCCCCGUGUUGGAACCACAGCUCAUCUCCGACGACGAUUCCCAGGAGGAAUUGGCCCAGAGCAAGCUCAAGUUUCCCCCCGAUCCGGAGGAUGAGGUGCAGAUCCUGCAAGAAACGGGUCCCGGGACGGGGAGCAGAGGAGAAGCCCAGUCCCUUCGGCAAAGGCCAGAGAUGUCUCAUCAAGCCCUCCAGGGUGGCUGUGAUGGCCUCGUGCUCCAGAGCCCCAUGCAGGAGGAGAUGUACAGGAGGCAGAAAGGGAUCCCCCAGGACCCCUCGGCCUUCCCACCAGCCCCCGGCCAUGGGCUGCUGGGCGCCGUGAGGGCCGUCAAGAGCCAGGAGAGCGUCGUCGGCCAGCGCGUGGAGAAGCCGCAUCGCUGCCGUGACUGCGGAGAGCACUUCUGGAUGAAGCGCGAGCUGGCGGCGCACGGCAAGGUGCACGAGAAGGAGCGACCCUACGUGUGCGCCGAGUGCGGGAAGAGCUUCAACCGCCUCACGCACCUCAAGACCCACCAGCGCACGCACACGGGCGUCAAGCCCUACGCGUGCGGCGCGUGCGGCAAGAGCUUCGGGCACCUCUCGACACUCACCACCCACCAGCGGCUGCACACGGGCGAGCGGCCCUACGCGUGCGGCGCCUGUGCCAAGACCUUCACCAACCCCUCGGACCUCAACAAGCACCAGCGCUCGCACACGGGCGAGCGGCCGUACGCGUGCGCCGCGUGCGGCAAGCGCUUCAGCCAGCAGUCCAACCUCACCAUGCACCGACGCUCGCACACGCAGGAGCGGCCCUACCCGUGCGGCGCGUGCGGCAAGAGCUUCAAGUACCUGGCGGACCUCACGGUGCACGAGCGCUCGCACACGGGCGAACGGCCCUUCCCCUGCGCGCAGUGCGGCAAGAGCUUCAGCAACAAGUCCUCGCUCGCCCGCCACGCGCGCAUCCACGCCCGGGCGGCCGCCAGGGAUAAGUAGAGCGACCAGGAUGAGGAAGGGGCUGGAGCAUCUCUCGCAUGAGGUGACAUUGAGUGA